AGAAAAUUAAAAAAUCGAAACAAAAAGUUGCAAUUCUAUGAAAACGGAUUCGAAAACAAUUGACAAUCAACUCUAAACAACUUCUUUGAAUGCACUUGCAACAUUCGAUCAACAGCACAAUCGAAUUAACAAACUUUCUCUGUUACCAAUUAACUUUAAAUUUCUCAACAAUUAAUUUCUUUUCAAUAAUUUGUUAAUCAAUUAUUUCUAAGAAAAUGAAUCGAGUGAAAAUCUCAAGUUAAGGGACCGUUUUUCGAAUGCAAUUACAAUACGACCCCUUCUUUUUUCUAUUGGCUGUGAGUAUUUUUAUUUAAGGUGAAUUUACAUGAAUUUUACCAUGAAUUCAGAAUUUUUAUAAAGUGAAAAAUAUUAUAAAUUGUGUAGUGUUUCCCCUGGAUCAGUUUGAGUAUAAGAACUUCAAAUAAAAAGCUACCAAACAAUAAUAAAUUACGAAACAAAAACGACCAUGUACUACACCUACAAAAAUCUGAUGAGAAUAAGCGUGACCAAGUUAAUCACCCAAAUAAAAAUGAGUAACAUUGAUCAAUGGAUUGUGAGACAUGAAAUCCUCAAAGGAAUAAAAAAAGACCUAUUCAAAAAUUACCUUCAAAAACUACCAGACCCAUCAAGACAAAUCUUCAUCAAUCAAUUUAACCAACUUCAUUCUGACAAAGAAAUUCAACAAAAACUGAAAAUAAAUAAAAAACAAAUGGACCACCUUAACAACCUAAAUCGUGAAUUGAAACAAUUUCAAGAGAUGAACAACAAUAAUAUGGAACUAGAAGAAACCACAGAGGAAAGGCUACAAACAGCCAUGGAAGUUAUUGAAAAUGAUCAGGAAGAACUAUCGUUAAUUAUUCCGGUUCAACCAAGACAAGCUGGUUCAAUAAUAAUGCGUCAUGACAAAAGAAAAACAGAGGAAGCGUUUGAUCAACUACAAAAGAAGAGAUCCAACAUUCCAAUUAAUUGGAUCAAAUGGUCAAAUAUUAAAGCAUCUCCAAUAGCUUUGAUCUCUCAACAAAAUGCAACACCAAAGAUGCUCUACGAUAAAAUUGCUCAAGAAAUUGAUGAUGGUAACAUUCCAAGUGACAAGGAAAUUGAAUAUUUUAUCAAUGAGAAAACAGUGAAAAUCAAAGCCACGUCGUUCGAGAAAUUGGAUAAUACUAUUAAUACAAUUGAGAAAAUAAUAACCCAAUUACAGAUCAAAAGGUUUGAACAAAAAAUGCCAAGAGUCAGAAUCAUUGGGAUUCUACAAGGUGACGAUAUUAUUGAUAAUAUCCUGUUGAAUAUGUUCAAAUUCAACAAGUAUAUGAAUGAACAAAAUAUAUCAAUUAUUAAACCUGCGAAAAACAAUCAAAACAACAAAAAUAAUAGAGAUAUUAUUAUUCAAGUUACACCAGCAGUCAGAUCAGAACUUCAAAACAACCAUGGAUACAUAUCAAUGGGAAUUAAACACUACAAAGCAGUUGAUCACUUUGAUAUAAUGUAUUGUUCAUCAUGUCAUCAACUCAAUCACUGGCGUUCACAAUGUACAACACAAAGUGUUUGUAAAAAUUGUGCUGAGUUACAUCAUAUUGAUUUUUGUGAAAACCCAAAUAAUAAAAAAUGUGCUACCUGUGGUCAAAAUGAUCAUCAACCAGGUACACUUGAUUGUCAAUUGUAUAAGAAGAAAGUUGAGCAAGAAACUGCAAAGAAUGUAUUCCAAUACCAAUAUCUAAUGAGAUAG